UGGGGCCUACACACGGAAAAUCCACCGGAUUUUUGAAAUAGAUGGUAAUAUGAGCAUUUAUUUAAUUUUAGGAGUGGUAAUUCAUAAUUAAAAAUUAAACGGAUGAUUAAUUCGAAAAUUGUUCUAUUUUUUUAUGAUAAUUUAAAAAUUAACCUUUAAUAAAUCAACAAAUUGAAAAAUAAACCUCAACACUAACCCAAACCAACCCGCUUAAUUAAACGUGUGGUGUCGUAUUAACCUCAACCCGCCUUUUCUUGCUGUAGUUGACUACUUGACUUCCCUCAAUACCUUUUUUUUUUUAUUUUGGCGACCUUGCGAGUCACGUAAGUUAGGCGGUGAUUAACCAAAGACCAAAGUUUUGUCCUCCAUCUUAUAUUAGCACCUUCAAUUCGUAUCCCUUUUCUAAUCUUUAACAAAACCUGGGAUAAUUUGAGUGAUUAAUAAUGGAUGAAUAUCAAAAAACAGAGGAAUUUGAUAUGGAUAACGAUUUUGUCGAUUUAGAUCAGUUUAUUGAGAACGAAUCCUUUUACAGAAAACCCAAAAGAAAAUUUGUUCAAUCAAAUAAUGAUGUAUUAUUUGAUAAUUCAGAUUCGAACAACGAUGAUGAAGACGAAAUCUUUUUUAGGAAGAACAUCAAGAAAAAGAGUAGAAGAAUUGGCGGGUUAACUGAUACGUUGGUUCGUCACAUGAAUCCUGUAAAUUUUGCAUCAUCUUAUAAGGAUGAUUUAAGGGAGAAUAAUGUUGGGGGUUUCGAGAAAUACACGAAAGGUAUUGGGAUGAAGUUGUUGCAGAAGAUGGGGUAUAGUGGUGGUGGGUUAGGGAAGAAUGAACAAGGUAUUGUUGCUCCAAUCGAGGCGAAGUUGAGACCAAAGUUAGAAGGAUUAGGGUAUAAUGAUCAUAAGAGGGAGACUGAAGUGUUGUGGAAAGAACGAGGUCGAGUUCGUGUUCGUGCUGAUAAGGUGCAUCAGGAUAUUGUUGUUCCGGCAGGAAAAGACAGUUAUGAUAUGCCUAUGCAGGAGUUGCAGUAUAAUGUAGGGUUGGUGUCAGACUUGAUGAAGCUUGAUGUUGAGAAUGUGGAGAGGAAAUUGAUGUUGGAGAAACAGACUGUCGUUUCGCUGCAGGAAGAGAAAGGAAGGCUUCAGAAAGAGUCUGCAGAUCAGAAGAAGGAGAUUGAUUCUAUGGAGGAGAUAAUUCAGGUUUUAGACAGUAUUGAAGAGGAGAAUGUAUCAGGAAAAUUGACUUCAGAGUCUGUUGCAGAGUCCUUCAGAGACCUGCAGAGGAGGUUUCCCGAGGAGUAUAAACUCGGUAACCUGUCCUGUAUCGCGUGUUCUUUUGCUGUUCCUCUGUUGACUAGAGUGUUUCAAGGAUGGGAGCCUCUUCAGAACCCGUGGCAUGGUAUGGAUGUCAUAGCUUUGUGGAAAGGUUUGUUGCAGGGAGACGGCGAGGAUCAUGACAUGUCUGAGGAUGCAACAGCUCCGUAUUCACAGUUAGUGGCCGAAGUAGUGUUUCCUGCAGUCAGAAUAGCAGGUUUAAACUCAUGGCAGGCUAGAGAUCCUGAACCUAUGCUUCGUUUUAUUGAGUUAUGGGAGGAAUUGCUUACACCUUUUGUGCUGCAGUCACUGCUUGAUAUGAUUGUGAUGCCUAAGUUGUCUGAAGCUGUUAACUCUUGGGAACCUUGCCGCGAAACAAUACCAAUUCAUGUCUGGAUGCAUCCCUGGCUUCCAUUGCUUUCGCGGAAGCUUGAGACUCUUCAUCAAGCCAUCCUUGUAAAAUUUGAAAAUGCUCUCUGUGAUUGGCAUCCUAGUGAUAUGUCAGCUUACACUAUCCUAUCCCCUUGGAAGACAGUAUUCGAUUCUGCUAGUUGGGAAAAACUGAUUGUUAGGUCCAUUCUUCCCAAGUUGAAAGAUGUGAUGCAGGAAUUUCGAGUCAAUCCUGCUAAUCAGAAACUUGAACAGUUUAACUGGGUUAUGACUUGGGCUUCUGCAAUUCCCAUUCGUUACAUUGUUAGUUUACUGGAGAAUCACUUUUUCGGAAAGUGGCAACAAGCUCUGCACCACUGGCUUUGUACAAGCAAAGACUAUAAAGAGAUUGAGCAAUGGUACCUUGGGUGGAAACAGCUUAUUCCUGCUGAUGUUUUGGCCACGGAACGUGUUAGGCGCCAGCUAUGGCUAGGCCUGAAAAUGAUAUAUCAGUCUCUAGGUUCGGAGGAGGUUCACCCUGGUGUAGAGGAGAACAUUAGCCCUUCAAGGGUGCCUAAACAAAGGCAAUAUGCAGCUCAACAACAUGUUACAGCUUUCGCUGACAGUCUGCCUAAAAAUUUGAAAGAAGUUAUUGAGGUCUAUGCACAGCAACAAGGCUUGCACUUUAAGCCUAAACCUGGGAGAACACACGACGAUCACCAAGUAUAUAGCUUUGGCAUUGUAAGCAUCAUUGUGGACUCCUUCAAUCAGAAGAUUUUCGCUCGAGUCCAGGAGAAAUGGUCUUUGGUAACUCUUGGACAACUUGUACAGAUGCAGAACAUCUCUACUUCAAGGCGGCGCUGAAUUUUGUUUUUCUUGAUGGACUAGUCAGAAAUGGACUUGUGUGAUCUGAUGAACGUGAGAGAUGACAUGCUGAAAAACAGUGAGUUUGGACCUUCAUGUUAUUUUGCUAAUAGUUUUGUUGAUUUCAGCUAGAAUAUGGUCCUUGAUAAUUUUAGCUGGGAGUUCUUGUGUCACUACCGAGUGUAAGUUGCAACUGUCAAACAAUGUUUCGCAACAUCGGGAUAGGCCAAUUAUGAAGGUAAAUCUCUUUCUCAUUUGCUGCUUGGGUUCAGUCUGUUUAGCUCUUGUAUUGCUUUUGGUGUAUUCGGUGUUUAUCAGGCUGAGAUUCACCAAUUGGAUCCCACCUCACCAUCUAUGCUACUAAUGCUACUAUGCUAGUCGACGUAUCGUACAUCUUUUGGAAGUUCUGUGAGUUAAAUUUUAUUUUCUUCUGACAUUUUGUCUGAUCUUGAGCAGAUCUUGAACCAAUAUUGGAAUUUUGUCUACUCUAUUACUUGGACAUGGGAAAACUGUAUUUGUACAAUUGUACACCUUAUGAUCAUUUUAAAAUUCUUUUAUCCUAUUAUGCUGCUAACAUGGAUUUUAUUUGUUAUUUCAGAUUUCAUGUACAAGUGAAACAGUAUCAUCUUUCUUUCCUUACAGACAACAGCUGACAGGGUGAUCUAAUAUCCCCCGGAAAUGUCUGGUUUAAAACAAUUUGCUCAUUUUCCCUCGCCCAUAAUUAUUAUGAACUCAGCAACCCUUCUAACCCCCCCCCCCCCAAACCCUCCUCUAGUUGUUUAGACCAGCCAAAUUGAAUGAAGCAGUUACAUACUAUUUCUGUAAUGCAAGCUCUUCUUGUGUGUUGCGCCUUUAACAAUCCAACUGCCCUUAUUUAUCUGCCCCUUUACACAGCAAUGGCAGCAUAGAGCCUAGAAUUAAUAAGCAAGGCGGAUGCUUUAUAAGUUUUUGAUCUACUUUUUUAGAAGUUCUUUACAAUCUUGAUAUUUCUUAUAUCAUUUGUAAACUCUGAUAGUCUGAUACAAUGUAAACUUGGCAGGAUCUAGAAAUUGGUGUAACGGAUGAUGAAGCAAUCACCGGCGAUUUCAAAUUCCAAAUUCAGAGUCAGUGAAACACUUAAGGGAUUAAUUUGGCAAAGGUACUUGUAGUACCAAUUAUAGCUCUAAGUCUAGAGAAUGGAAGUUCAGUAAGUUCAUGCAACUGCAGGACAAUAUAACCUUUUGUUUGCGUCCUUUGUUUUGACUCCUAUUUUGACAAGCUAACAAAGUAACAAUUGAACAUAUGAAACUUGGCUGUCUCUAGUGUUGUGGUUUUUUUGUUCUUAAUUUUACUCCCUAUGUUGUCUU